CGCGGGACCCGCCGGCGGCGCCGUGGCGAUGACGGUGCAGCGCGACGAGCGCGACGCGCGCGCACCCCGCACCAGGUUUAUGAUCACGGACAUACUGCACGACGCCGCGCCCAGGGACCUCAGCGCGCACCGGGACUCCGACUCGGACAGGUCGGCGACGGACUCGCCAGGUGUGAAAGAUGAUUCAGACGACGUGUCCAGUAAAAGCUGUGGCGGAGACUCAUCAGGGCUCGCCAAAAAACAAAGGAAGGCUAGGACUGCCUUCACGGACCACCAACUGCAAACGCUCGAGAAAUCGUUCGAAAGACAGAAGUACCUCAGUGUGCAGGACCGAAUGGAGCUUGCUGCUAAAUUAGGCCUUACUGAUACCCAGGUCAAAACCUGGUACCAGAACAGAAGGACGAAAUGGAAACGACAAACAGCAGUUGGUUUGGAACUACUCGCGGAAGCUGGUAACUACGCUGCGUUCCAGCGUCUAUACGGAGGAUACUGGGCCGGGGUACCAGCGUACCCGGCCCAGCCGGCUCCAGCUGCCGCAGACCUGUACUACAGGCAAGCUGCGGCCACAGCCGCCGCGGCUGCCUCUGCCACUGCUAACACUUUGCAGAAACCGUUGCCAUAUCGGUUAUAUCCGGGAGCACCAUUAGCUGGCGUUCCACCUCUCGGGCUAGGACUACCUGGCCCUUCGGCGCAUCUGGGCUCCUUAGGCGCACCAGCUCUUGGGGCUCUAGGGUAUUAUGCCCAAGCCCGACGCACACCGUCCCCAGAUUUGGACCCAGGCAGUCCUGCACCACCACCGCGCUCACCUAGAGAACCUUCAAUCGAAAGACGUUCCGACGAGGAUGAUGACGAUGAACCUAUACACGUUUAAUUGUGAAGAGUGUAAGAAUAGACUUAACAUGGAAUCUUAACAGUAUACAUAGUCAGUGGAGAAUUUCAAAGUGAUUUGUGACGGUACAAAAUGAACAAUUAAUGUCAUUGCAUGAACUUUUAUCAAGACGUGUGGAUAAGGACACAAAAGUGGAACAAUCGCACUAAUUUCGCUUAUAAUCCUACCUAAAUAUUAAGAAGCCAUCGCGUUCUGGUGAUUCUUGGUUGCCUUCGCUUGUUGGUUAUGGUUUCUACCCAAUAACAGUAUUAAAUUGAUGAACUUUGAUACUGUAGUGUGUUAUUUUAGAAAUCAGACUUUUGACCAACAGCACCUAUCGACAUAUUUGUGAGUUACGGGCAGCUCGUCCGAAAUAUGUGAUAUUAUAAGCCCAUAUAUAUUAAGGACAUAAUGUAUAAAUUGAUGUUGUAUAAUUAAUAAUAUAGUUAUAGAAUACACGUGCUUUGUAAGUCAAUAGAUCUGAUAGAGUGGAAAUAAAUGCAUUCCCACAUUUAUAUUAACUAUAAUAUACCUAAGAGCCGCGUGUGAGGAACUAUUUCAAGUUUCUGGUUGAAUUACUAUUGGAGUCCACACCACCUUGAAUGUGUAUUUAUUAA